AUGUUUCACUUCGACGCCAUGCCCUGGCUCCGCUGCUGCUGCGCCGAGCGCUGCAACGACGGCGUCGGCACCAGCGGCACAGCCGCCAGCGCAACGGCGGCCCGGGCGGACGAUGCGCCGCCCGAUAGAGUUAUGCAGGUGUCCAAGGUGUUCAAAGCAAAGCCGGACGAGGACUUCGCGGAGGCCGACGGCCUGCAGCGGACCCCUGCGGCGCAGCGCUGGGAAGAGUCACGUUUGGCCGCGAUGCUCAACGCCAAGAUCCUUUCCGAUGCGCCCGACGCAGCGCCGGCGGCAGCGGCGGGCUCUAUGGAGCCGGAGGGACAAGGAACCUUUCCCCCAGAUGCAGUUCUAGAGCCUGAAGUACCGGCCGUGACAGACAUGACGCCCAACGUCACGGCCAAGGUAUCGGGCGAGGUCUCGGAGAUGAAACAAUUUGAGAGCUUUUUCUCACGCAGCCCAGAUGAGCGAGACCGUUUGGCCCUGAUCAUGUCUCGUUUCGCCACGGCCGAGCUGAACCGCACCGGUCUGUGGUCGCCACGCCUCAUUGGUAGCACUGGCGAGGGCUUCGGCCACGAGAAGCUGGGGGAAGCCAUGACCAGGAAACGGAUGGAUGGAAACGGCUGCCCCAAGGGCUUGCUGCCAAUCGUUGGCACCUGGCGCUCGCAGAAGACGAAGUGUUUCUAUUUCUAUUUUGAUUUGCGUGACAGGUCUGACAUUGAGUUCCCGAGCAACGCCCUGGCCAUCGAACACUGGCGUUCGGAUCAGCUGCUCCGUUUGGAGACGGCGGUGCUCUUCAACGACGUCAAUGCCGACGUUCCCAUGGGCUUUGGACGACUCACCGACGCCAAGAAGGCUGCCGUGGAUGAGUUCGAAGAUGGCGAUGGCAUCGUGAUUCCAAGCAUCACCGGGGAUCGGCAGCAAUUUGGAAGUCUCACCUUCGACAAAAACCUGCAAAUGUUCAGGAAACUCUGCGAGAUCCCCACACCCCACGAUGGUCGCACGGUGCCACGCCCGGACAGUCCGGUGGCAGCGGCAAAAAGAGCAGCGGAGGGUGGUUGGGGAUGUGAGGUCUUUGGUCUGCGACACCUUAAAGCUGGCCUGGCGGAGGAGGGGCGCACGGAUGAAGUGCUCUUUGAACUGCAUCCCAGGGGCGAUCUACGCUUCAGGCCUGUGUACUUGGUGGAUUCCCCUGGCUUUGGCGAUGGCGAACACCUCCAUCGCACUGGACGCAAGCCAACUGGCAUGAAGGGCAAGGUCUUUAUCCUUUGGGUCUCCGGAGAACAACUCGCCUUCAAUGGGACCUUCAGUGCUCGGGUUGCGCAGGCCAUCAUGCGCACGCGUGACCCUCCCAAGAGCCGCCGAAGUCGGAGUUCCAGGGGUCGCCCCGGACGACGAGAUGAAGGAGAGAGCAAUGAUGGCAGGAUGAGCGGUUGCAAAGCCGCCCGGCGGAGUUUUCUGCUGAAGCGCAUGGCAGAUCCCAAGAUCAAAACCUCAGAACUGGAGGGCUUGCUUCGCGACCCUCGAGACUUCAGUCGAGUAGUGACGGUGUUGGGCGGCCGAAAGCUGCCAAAUUUGAUGUUGAAGCUGAUCGACGACAUGGAUCGCCGAUUGGGUCCCAGCGUCAUCACUUACAGUGCCGCCAUGAACAGCGCCUCAAAGACGGGCGACUGGGCCAUGGCCACGGCAUUGCUGAGACAGUUGGAAGAACGUGCCAGUGAAAGCGGCCAAGAAGGACCCAACUUGAUCAGCUACAACACCGUCAUCAGUGCUUUGGCCCGCGCUCGUCGCUGGCAAGGUGCAUUAGAGGUCUUCGAAGAGUUAGUCUCCAAGGACUUCACUCCCACAGAGUCCACCUACAGCGCUGCCAUGACCUGCUGCCGUGGCGCGGAGCAGUGGGAGAUCGCCCUGCACCUCAAUGAGGACAUGUUGAACCGCGGCCUGCGUGGCAAUCUGUUGACCUGGACCAGUUUGAUUCAAGCCUUAGAGAGAUAUGCUCCAGUUCUGGCAGUGCGAAGCUAUGGCCGGAUGAAGUUCGCAGGUUUCCAAGCCGAUGACCAAGUGCACAACGCCGUGCUGCGCGCCUGUGCCACCGCGGGGCUGUACAAACGGGCCAUUUACAUCAUCAACAGAAUCAUUGAGGCUGGCAACACUCCCAGCGCCACGGCCUACAGCAACGCAGUGGCUGCCUGUGGUGCACGUGCCGGUCGUCGAGGGCUGCUGCUCUUUGAGGAGAUGCAGAGCAAAGGACUGGCACCAACGCCCGCUGCCUACUUGGGCAUCAUGCAAGCUCACUUGCAGCAGGGCCAAUGGGAGUCGGUGCUGCACCGCUUCAACGACCUCAAGGCGCAGCCCGGGCGCAGCGGGCGCGUGCCCUACGCGGCCUACAGCAGUGCCAUGCGCGCGCUGCAGAUGCAGCGAAACCAGGAGGAUAGCCAGCUUCGGAAGCGCGGCAUUGCCAGUAAACAGCUGAAGAUUUUUGAAGAGAUGUUGAAGCGCCACAAGUAUCAGCCAGAUGGCAUUUGUCACAACCUGGCCGCAUUUGCCCGGGCAGAUCGCUAUGAGCCAGUGCAGGGCACCCAACUGCUAGAGGAGCUGAUGCAGAUGGGCUAUCAGCCCAGCGGACGAUCCUGCGAAGCGCUCCUAAGAGCUCUUCCGCUGAGCCGCGACGGCGAGAUCACGCCGGAGCAGCAGCGCUGGCUCUACGAGGAGGGCGUCCGUGGCUACUUGACCGAGUCCGCCAGCGAUGCAGAGAGAUUCCUGGGCGAGAUGAAGGAGGCAAACUUCGAUGUGAGCGACGACCUUUAUAGUUCCAUCGUCACCGGUGCCCGUGACCCGGCCACUGCGGCGCGCGCCUACCGGGCCCUCAGCGCACCCGCGGGCGCCGCGGUGGCGCCCACGGUGGCGGUGGCCGCCAUGGCGGCGCUGACGGAGCUGAAGUGCUGGGACGAUGCCCUGGAGAUCUUUGAGGAGCUACGAAGCUCGGACGCAUUGGCCUUGAAGGGUCAAUCCUUGGAUCUCUUGGAACGGGCUGGCACGGUGGCUUUGAAGGCCUGUGCUGCUGGCGGCAAAUGGCAGGAGGCUCUGGAGGUCUUGGAGCACAUCCGCUUUCGCGGCCUCCCGUUGAGCCCAGCGCUCUACGAAGAAGCGGUGGCGGCCUGUGCUGGGCAGCAGGACGCGCGGCGCUUGGUGGGGAAGAUGAUGGCGGCGGGCUACGAGCCAUCGGAGCGCGCCUUGCUGGCGGCUGAGCUGACCUCCAGCGUGGAUCAGCUGCAGGAGUUGGAGCGUCAAGGCUUCAGCCUCCCAGAGGCCUUGGUGAAAGCUGCCAUCACCGAAGCGAAGGCGCAGGGGCAGCGCGACCUGGCGCGGGACCUGUCGCUGAAGCUGCGCGUGGCCAAGACGGGUGUCGCCGAGCCCCGCGCCGCGCCCAAGCGCCAGGACAAGCGUCGGAGCAAGGACAAGCGCCAGCGCCGUGCAACGGGGGAAAGGACCUCCCGGAACGGUGCCCCGGGCGGCACGGAUGAAGAUGUGGAGUUGCCAGAGAUGGACGACUGGGAUCAAUGGGACGAAGAGGAUGAGGAUCCCAAGAGCUGGGACGAACGGGUGCACGACUUGGCGACCACGCUGCAGUCGCAGAACGAAGCGCUGGGAGUGGAGAAGGGCCAUGUUCACAGCAUCAAGUCGGGCAACAACAACUCCACCACUGGCAUGCAGUCGCAGCUGAACGACGUGAAGCGUUACUUCGGGGCCGACAUCCAACGGAUGCUGCAAGAGUUUGAGGUCCAGUCCAGCUUGCAGCAAGCUGAGAAUGUUCGACUUCAGCAGCAGGUGACGGCGUUGAAAGGGGAGAAAACCUCGGUACACCAGCAGAUCAUCGCCCUACAACGCCGCAUCGAAGAGUUGGAAGAAGAGCUGGGCCACGAGUAUCCCACCCAAACAGCUCUGCUGUUUGCAGCGCGGGGUGGCAACCGCAACGCGGUCGAUGCAUGGCAUGGUGCAGAGGAGGUCGCGGAGAUAUGCGGAGAUUCGCGUUCCGAGGAGAAAAACAUGGUCAUGGGAGAUGCGAAUAGAAACGACAUGGGGCGCUUGUUGUUGCGAGCCUGCGACUGGCUCGGGAGUAAUGUGACCUUGUUGUGGGUGCUGCGAGCUGGACGACAUACCAAGGACGAAGCCUACCGUUUUGUCUCAGGGAUUGCCCAGUCCACCCAGCGACUUCUGGUGUUGGUCACCCACAUGGACAAACUCUUUGAGGAGCGCUACCGAGAAGCAGGGCCGGGAUGGCGUGAUGGCAUCCUGCAAGGCGUGCCACAUCGAGAUCCACGCUGGAAGCAGCAACGACGGGUGCUGAUGCAGGAACUUCGGUCAGAGGUGGAGUCCACAGUUCGACGCACCCUGCAGAUCGAGGAGGGCGCUCAGCUCCCAGAGAUGUGCUUCGCCUGUCUGGGUGGUUGGAUGUCUCGUGGUGUCCAAGAUGAGGAAGACGAGUUUGCGGAGCCGCAACCCUGGCCUUGGGCCAGAGAGGAGCUGAGCGACUUUUUCAGCAUGCUUUCCCAGGACUCCCUGCGGCGGCUGCUCGACACGCGGCUGGGAGUGGCGUAG